UGAGCGGACUCAUGUCUCCAGGUGAGCUAAAUAAUUUGGGGAUGGGAUAAAUACAUUAAAAAAAUCAGCGCCAGUAAAAGUGACAAUUGAUUUUAAGAAAAAAUAAAAAAGAGUAGACCACUAUGAAAACCGAUGAAACGGUGGGUGGGUUUCCAUGUCCCCGCUUCACCGCAGUGUUUUUGCUCGGACCGUGAGCUCGCGGGGCCUCGCGCGGUUAACCGGAGGAAUUCACAUGUGAGACUGGGUGGCACACGCCCUCUACGUCACCGAGCUGAAGCCUCAAAGUGUAGACGCUCAACUUUCCUGCCUUCACUUUGUCGUCUGGCUCUCUGCUGUCACUUCAUUCGGUCACCGGCUGCGGAGGCGCUCUGCUGCAGGGGAAAUAUGUUCAGUACCUCGGCACGGAAUAUUUCGCAACUCGUCUACUGACUCACCGCUCACAGCCCUUUACCACAGGUAAACCCACCUGGGUGGUUGUUCUUCACGACUCGCCUCUAAAAUGGCCCAACAGAAUCACACCUGUCAUUACAAUGAGUCCAUGGGCUUCUUCUACAACAAUAGCGGCGCUGACGACAAAUGGGACAAAACCCAGCUCAUCCUGGUGCAGGUGGUGGGCUCUCUCUUCUGCUGCUUCAUCCUAGUCUCCAAUGCCAUGGUCAUAGCUGCUGUCAUCACCAACAAGAGGUUCCACUACCCUUUUUACUAUCUCCUAGCCAACCUCGCCGCCUCGGACUUCCUGGCAGGCAUAGCGUAUGUUUACUUGAUGUUUAACACGGGUGAGGUGUCACGGAAACUUACAGUCAAAGGAUACUUCAUCCGCCAAGGUCUUCUGGACAUCAGUCUCUCAGCCUCGCUGGCUAACCUGCUGGUGAUAGCUCUGGAGCGCUACAUCUCCGUCAUGAACUGGAAAGUCCACAGCAACCUGACAAAGAGGAGAGUGACCCUGCUGAUUGUGCUGGUGUGGGCUAUCUCCAUCUUCAUGGGGGCCGUGCCAAGUCUGGGCUGGAACUGCAUCUGCAACCUGAGCGACUGCUCCCAGCUGGCUCCCCUCUUCAGCAGGAGCUACCUGAUCUUCUGGUCUGUGUCUAACCUGGUGGUGUUCCUGGUGAUGGUGGUGAUCUACAUGAGGAUCUACACCUAUGUGAAGAGGAAGACGGCGGUGCUCACGCCACACACCAGCGGCUCCAUCAACCGCAAGAGGACGCCCAUCAAGCUAAUCAAGACGGUCAUGGUUGUGCUCGGGGCCUUUGUGAUCUGCUGGACUCCUGGCCUGGUGGUUCUGCUGCUGGAUGGCCUCCACUGUACAAGUUGUAAAGUCAUGAAACUAAAACGCUGGCUGCUGCUCCUGGCUGUACUCAACUCGGUCAUGAACCCGUGCAUCUACUCCUACAAGGACGAGGAAAUGUGGACAACCUUAAAGAACCUUUUGCGCUGCAUCGGUAAUGGCACGCGGCGACAGCGGUCGACGAAGGCCAACUCCAGGCCGCUCAGCUCUGCUCAGGAUACAGGCAACAGUCAGCCUCCCUCAGAGGAGACAAAAAAUGACAACCAGGGCAUACUCAAGACCUGAAAAUGGAAGUUGUUAAGAAUUAUCCAGAACUUCUGUUCAGCUCUGACUGGACGUACCUUAUGAAGACACAGAUUGGAGCUGACUUGAAAGAGAAACUACACCAGUUGGUCUCAGGGGGUCGUUGUUGUCCUCAGAUCACAAGUACUUUCCUGAAGAGACACUGCAGUCUGGCUGCUCCAGUGUAGAGCUGGUGACAAGGAGAUAAGAAGAGACCUUGAUGCACUACUAAUUCCACAAAAGGAUGCAAAGAUGUGGUUUUUUCAGGGUUUUACUGUUUUGGACACAAUACUUCCAUUCAUGUGUAAUGGGAGAUUCUCGUAGCUGUUUCAUCCUGCUCUUUUUGUCUUCCUCAUCACAUCCCUGUGGGUUAUUUAAACUUAGAAACUUCUCCAUUGUAAUGGCUGAAGAAAGAAACCAGUAUGAAGUACACAGCAGUACAUUUCUAUUUUUACCUCUAAAAAGGGUAAAAAUCAUGCAAAGGGUGAACUUAACGUCCCCGCUAAUAUAGAUUUGUAUACAUCUGAUUGUCUUCAGGUUUACUUCCUGUGUAGCUUUUGAGGAAGCUGUCGUGGAUGAUCCAGUGAAGACGUGUAGCUUGUUUGUAGUCAAGUACUAUAAAACUAAAGGUUUGCUUGUGGAGGGCUCAGUCUUAUAGAUUAUUUCUUGUUUUUAAACACAGCCAGUGUGCUGCUGUAUGUAUCUUCUUGUACAUCCUGUAAAAAUGCUUUCAGGAAGAGGUGAAGUAAUUUCAGCUGCGUGACAGCCAGCCUGCACAGCAUGGUCUUGAUGUUUCGGCCAUCAUUUGCAAAAUUAAGGUUUUAAAAUCACACCCUGCUUUCUUUUGAGAAGCAGGUUUGCCAGUGGGGAACAGAUAACAGAGUCUCUCCUUUCUUGUUCCCUCUGUCAUCUUUUAUCAGUUCAGCCUAACAAACAGAUAAACAGUCUGCCUCACCUCACGGAGGCAAACUUGUUCUCCCUGUAGCAUCCGCCCCAACUCACUGAGUGGCUGCUGUUGCUCUGACAAAACAACUGCUCACCUGACAGGGCAGGGGUUGUAAAAUGGUGUUUCGACACACUGGAUUCCUGCCGGAGUUUCAGCAUACCAUGUGUGCCUGCAUGAACCGAAGAGGAUAUGACUGAAUAGACUAACUACCCCUCCCACAUACACACACAAGUCCCCCUCUCCCCCGACUGCUCUGACGCUUCCAUUGCUAAAUCAUUGACAGGGUUCAAAUGACUCUUCUUCAACCUGCUGUAUAGUAUUUAUGCUACUCCUGCUGUAAAAGACACGACACCAUUGAAGCUAUUUCAUUUUUAUCCUGGGAGUGUAGGAAAGCCACAUGCGAGAGUGGUGAUUGGAAAGGUUUACAGCUGAAAUGGUGGUGUUUGUUUAUCACACUGAGAUUAUUCAUGUUCAUUCCUAUGUCGUGUGACUUCCAAACAGGACAUUUAAAAUCAUAAAAAUUCAUUUUGUAAAGUAACAGAUUUUUUGGAAUUGUUAUGUUUUUUUACUGUCGAACAUCAAACUUGACAACCUGUAUAAUAAGUCUGUUUUUAUUUGUCUGUUUUUUCCUGUUGAGAUGACAUGAUAUGAUAAACAAGAAAUAACAAGAAGUACAGAGGCUGAUUUCACCUAAGGCAGCCCCUCCAGGAUGUCACGAUUGUGAAAAUUAAGGCAAAUUCAGCCAAUCCCCGUUAAAUCUGCACAACCCCGCAACAACUGCCCCCCCCAAAAAAUAGCAAAAUUUUACUGUUAAAGAUGGGUAAAAAAUUCACUUUGGAGCUGCACGCAGCGUAUCUAUUCCCAGAGCCCCUCUCUCUGAUAUCAAGCCGUUCUGAUAUCGGUGUGAGAUUAACGGCUCAGUUUUGGAUGUUAACCGGUGCUGCAGAGCUUCUGCCCAAAUGGUCACUCCUCAUAUGAUGAGGAGUGACGAGAUCAUGUUGUGCUGUGUUAGCUCGCGCUAACUGGGCAGAUGGAGCAGGUGGAGAGCAGCUCAUGGAGAAUGGCAGCAACGCCUGACUGUCGGCGAUCAGCCGUUGUUGUCAACUACGACCACACAGUUGAAAAGUAUGAAUUUCAGAAUUUACAUUAGGUUGAAUAUGAUUCCCUCAAAGUACCGAAAAUGGGUCAGAUAAUAUUCAUAUACAUGUACAUAUAUUAAAAUUAUCUAAUAUUAUCUAGAAUGUUAAUCUUACAGUUUUAUUGUACUGUACUGUAUUGUACUACUACUGCUAGCAGUGGGGCUCAUGGCAUUGUCGUCAGUUGGUCCACCACUUUGGGCCAGACUGAACUAUCUGAGCAACUACUGGUACGGGUUGUCAUGAAAUUUUGUACAGACAUUUAUGGUCCACAUCAUUAUCCAAAUGUUAGUGUUCCACUGACUUUUCAUCCAGUGCCACCAGUCAAAGAUUUUACUUAUCUGGUGGAAUAUUUCAAAAUGUGCCUAAUGGAUUGGCACAAACGUUCGUAGACAUUUAUGGCUCCUCAAUGAUGAACCUCAAAGGAAUACUGUACAUCAAAUGAUCAUUUGUAAAUCAGUUACUCACCCUGUGUUAUGUUGACUUAGGGAGGAAAACGUUUUUCUCACAUGCCUCCACUGUGAACCAGGAAUCACAAAACGGCAAACAGCUCUCAAUGAAGUGAAGUCAACAGCAACAGCAAAUCAAUACCAAACAUUUUUUAAACAAAUUCUCACUCAGCUGGUGCAGUAUAAUCAAAGUCUCAUUUAUCCAACCGUAUGCUCAGUACCAACAGUUCUGUAUGAAUAGUCUCGGGCACGCAUGAGUCGUGCGCCUGCCCUGUUUGUGCAGAGGUGCUUUAAAUAGUAAGGUUUUCAUAACGUUGCACAUGUUUAGGAAGUAGCUACUGAGCGUACAACUGGAUAAAUAAGACUUGGAUUAUACUGCACCAGUUGUGUGAGAAUUUUGUAAACAGAUGUUUUGAUAUAGUUUUGAUGUUGUUAAAUGCAGUUCUGUUUUACUCAAUUUUAUCAAGAAUUUUCUGUUUUUGGAUUCUGCGUUCACCAUGGAGGCACGUGAGAAAAAGUUCCCAAAUUCAACACGUCACUGAAAUUCCAAAAAAUUAGUCAAUAUGAUGAUAAAAAACGAUCAUUUGGGGGUGGAAGAAUCCCUUAAACACUUCAGUGUAAUAGACUUUUCCUCUAGUGGUGGUGGUUUUGAGUGAAAUGGCAACUAUUGGAUGGAUUACUGUUUGUGUGUUUGUUUUAUUUAGGAUCCCCAUUAGCUGUUGUAGCUGUGAGAUGUGGUGCAGCCAAACACACCUCUCACUUUUCCUCUCAUGCCAUAAUCAGUACACAAAGUAGUACACAAACUAAUGACAUUCCCAUCAGCCUCAGCUGCACUUUGUGUUUAGUGCUAAUUAGCAAAUGCUAACACGCUGAACUAAGAUGGUGAACAUGAUAAACAUUAUACAUACUAAACAUCAGCAUGCCAACAUUGUCAUUGUGAGCACGUUAGAGCGGCUGCAGCCUUUUCAAACGUUGCACACACCGCCCUCUUGGCACUUACGUUAGCCAAACCAAACCAUGAGAUUACUUGCAAAUCCUGUUUGACUGAGUCAGACUGUCUCCUGAUUUUAAAUGAAAGUAACUGUCACUCACUGAUAAUACCUGUUUUAAGACUAUACACUUUUGAUAACACUGCAGCACAAAUGUUAGCGCACUAACAAAGAAAAACAAAAGGAUUACCUCCUUUUACACUCCUGAGACACUUAUUACAAGAUUUGUCCUGCAGUUGAUGAAGAACCGUUGCUUGAGAUUUCUGUUGCUCAAGAGCUGCGACUUUAGGAUGAUUUAAUCUGGUCGGGCCAAUUAGUGAGUGACCUCUAGUUUCCAUUCACUCAGUUACAUUACGGGCAAAAGAGCAGAAUUGACUCUUAAGUGGGAGGAACAAGAUCCUCUUCUGAAUUAGACUGCAAAGUACUUGAAUCAGUAAAAUAACCACAUACAAGUAUUUCUGAUUUAGUAUGUCUUUCUGUGAUGAACUACAGCCUGACACUAUUUGUCCUGUCAAUGUCACCCAUACACAUCUGGAAGAUGUUUGAGGCUUACAAUGCAUUUAGACAUUAAAACAUGUCUGGCAGGUUAUAAAAUUAUUGUGUGCAUCUAAAUGUAAAUCACAGCCAUUUCUUUUGAAGGGAUGCUGUUAAACACUACAUAAUGUUUACAGUAGCUCGUCUGUUCUCCCCGAGAAGCCUUUGAGUCUUAGUUAAGUUUCCCCUUCAAAGUCGACAUGCAAGUCUUUUGUUCAUAACCUGUCUCUCUUUGCAACCACAAAUUCAAAGCUAUUUUCAUUCCCCAGUCAUACUUCAGGUGCUUUUACAACAUUUAGCACCACAAAUUAAACUCCCUUUAUGUAGUAAAAUCCCACUCAGGAUUUAAUCCCCUAAGCACAACCAACAUCCUCUGGCGGCAGAAGAAAAGGUUCAACACUGUACAUUUUCAUAGAAAAUUACUCGUGAUGUAAAUGGCAUUCAGUUUAUGUUUCGGGUUGAGGUUUGACUAGAGUUAAGUCAUGUUCUUUCCAUUAAAAACAUGCUAUAUUAUAGUGAGUACUGUAUGUCCUCAGCAGAGCCCUCUGCAGACCUGUCGUGACUGCUCUCUGCCACUCUGGUUUUGCAUUCCCAAAAACAUGAACUGUAAACUUGUGUGGUGUGGCAGGCCUUUUUCUACAGCUGUGCUGUAAUUAUGCAUUCUUGAAAAGCCAAUUAAAUUUCACAGAUG